AUUUGUUUUUUCUUCACUCUGAAAUACUAAGGAUCUGAGGCACCUGACCUGAGCAAUGCAGAAGCUAAAUAUCGUUACAGAUGUAUGCAUUACGUAAUUAGACACCUUAGUUAGGAAUGGACGGUGGAUGCAUUUGUACAAUAACCUGUAAUUUUGGUUGAUUGCAGCAUGAAACUCUUGCUUCAAAGGAAUGAAAACUCCUGGUAUUGAAGAAACCAUGAAAAUCAAUCAUUCUCGCGAUAAAACAGAAGAUGUACAUGAGGAAAAAGGUUUCUUAGAACUGCAGCAAUGCUAGCCAGCACCUUCUUAAAAGGUCAAUCAUUCUAGCCAUCUCCUGUAAACAGACUUGGAGCAAUCUCAACAAUGGCUGCUCUUGCCAUUUACACUCUUUUCACCCUCUAUUUCAUCUUGUUUCCAUCAAUUUUCACCCUCAGUCGUGGAGUUUUCUAUGAGGAGUUAGCUGAAGGCAUAGCUAUAAAGCGUGAAGAAAAGACCACGCACCUACACUUCUACUUCCAUGAUAUAGUUGCUGGAAAGAAUGCUACUGCUAUAAGAAUUGCUGGACCCCCAGAUAGUAGCCUUACUAACUUCGGCAAUACAAUGAUGAUAGAUGAUCCAUUGACAGAAGGGCCUGAACUUACUUCCAAGCUGAUCGGAAGAGCUCAGGGAAUGUAUGCCAUGGCAGCACAGAAUGAUUUCUUAUUGCUAAUGGUUUUGAAUUAUGCAUUUACAGAAGGUGAAUAUAAUGGAAGCAGCAUCAGUAUCCUGGGGAGGAACCAUGUUCUUGAUGACAUGAGAGAAAUGCCAAUUGUUGGAGGGAGUGGGGCUUUUAAGCUUGCUCAUGGCUAUGCGUUGGCACAUACAAUUCAUAUGGACAUAGAGGCAGCUACUGUUGAAUAUGAUGUCUAUGUUACACAUUACUAAUGACACUAUCAUACUCCCUUUCUUUUUU